AUGAGCGGGGCAGCGCUGAUGGACGGGAGCGCGGACCAAUGGGAUGGCAAAACAGCCGGCCUGCCCCGGAUUUGUUCUUUCCUUUCCACGGGAGCAGAAGGUGAAGAGAUCGACGUGGUGACGGUGGACAAGCGGCAAUCUCUCAGCCUGAGGAAGCCAGUCACCAUCACGCUCCGUGCCGACCCCCUGGACCCCUGCAUGAAGCGUUUCCACAUCUCCGUGCACCAGCAGCAGCACAACUACGCCGCCCGCUCUCCCCCGGAGCCCUGCCCGCCUCCCGAGUCCCCCCAGCAGCACCAGGAGCAGGAUGAACCCCCCAGCAGCGUGGAGCCAACCCCUGCCGUGCCCCUGCCUGAGCCUGGCUUGCCCAAACCCAACAGCAGCCCCGGCUCGGACAGCGAGGACGUGGCCAAGAGGAAAAACCACAAUUACCUGGAGCGCAAGCGGCGCAACGACCUGCGCUCGCGCUUCCUGGCCCUCAGGGACCAGGUGCCCGGGCUGGCCAGCUGCCCCAAGACCCCCAAAGUGGUGAUCCUGAGCAAAUCCUCCGAGUACCUGCAGUCCCUCAUCAGCGCCGAGAGGAGGAUGGCGGCCGAGAAGCGGCAGCUGCAGCUGCGCCAGACCCAGCUGCUCAAACGGAUUGCUCACCUUAAGGGGCACUAGCACGCUGUGUGCCCCCCAUCCUGGUCCCCACAAACCCCCAGCUCCUUCUCAAUUUGCACAUUUUUUUUUAUUUUUUGGUUGCUUGUGGAACUGUUGGCCCCAGGGGCUGGAGCAUGUGGGAGUGGGUCCACAGCAGAGACCCCAACAGCAUCACCUGCCUGGGGUUGGUUCCUGCCAUUGGGUGUUCCAAGAUUUCUCUUGUCCCUGCUGUGAAGCUUCCUCAGUGACUGCUCCAGUUCAAGAGCUCAAAUUUAUUCCCCCUCUCUGCCAUCUGCCACCCAACAGCAUUGCUGGGCGCUGACCCUGACCAUCCACCAGCCCUAAAAACCCCAAGCAACCACAUCUGCCUUGGCUCCUGGAAUCAGGCAGACCCAGAGCCCAGCACGGGGCUCACCUCUGGAGAGAUGCCCUGGAGGUGCUGAUGGCAGGAUGUGCCUCUCAGAGCACCCCCUGGCUCGGCUGGACCGUACCUCACUUCCCUGUGUCACUUCACGCAGUAGCUGGUCCUGGAUUUUUAUGUUCUAGAAACUCUGCUGCUGUAACUGCGAGUCUUAUACUGGAGGCUGUGUUUUUAUACUGUAUUUUUGUACCACUUUUUUGAGAAGUAUUUGGUAAAGAGUUUGCUUUUUUAUAUAUAUAUAAAUAUAUAAAAACUUUUUUUUUUUUUUUAAAAGGGGGAUUUCCUGCUGUUGGGGAGGGCUCAGUCCUGCUGCACUUUAGGGAGAUCAGGAAGGGGCUGAGUCCUCGCAGAGGCCAUUCACCCCCUUGCAGCUCUCCAAACCACCCAUUUGCAAUAACAGGGAAUUUUUAUCCCUUUCCCACCCUUGUGAGCAUCCUUGUGACCCCUUUCCCCACCUUUGUGAGUUCUCUUUCACCAGCAGCCACUUAAAUUCCCCAGCAAAGCUUUGGGGGCUGCUCUGCCUUCCCUGUGCCCUCCUGCUGCCCAGUCUGGGGGGGUAUGGGGGUGGCACAGUCCCCUGUCCCCUCCCAGGGGUGCUGGCAGGGGUGGUCCCACAGGAUGGCACCCUGGGGUCCCCGCUGACCUGCUGAGAACUGUUAGAGUUAACACUGGUUGGAUUUAGCACUUUCUUCAUUACCUCAUACUUCAUA